GAGUGGCAAUGGAAAACCGCUGCGAAACCGCACGUCUGAUGGAAUCCGGCGUGGUCCCUAAGGACCGCAUCUUCUGUCCCUGUGAUCACAGCUACACGACAAUGAAUCCGCCUUUAUGUAAUAUCACAUAAUAGAUAACUUCAGGCGCCUCUACCAAUAUGGCCGCCGCUUCAGUCUACUGUCAGGCGCGACAUCACAGCGCGACAGUAUGGCGCCCACGUGUACCCCAAGGCGAUGUCAGGGGGUGAGACACCGAACACGGAGCCCCGGAUUGUGUACCGGGAGUACGUGUACCCGCGGGGCGAGCAGGAUGGAGGCGCGGAGCGGACCCGGGAGCUGAGGAUCCGCAUCCCCGAGGUGCUGGAUUCGGAAUACGGGAUGUACGUUUGGCCGUCUGCACCAGUUCUUGCCCAGUACAUCUGGUUUCACCAAGCUUUACUGACUGGAAAAAGAGUGCUGGAGGUUGGCGCUGGGGUGAGUCUCCCUGGCAUAGUGGCCGCCAAGUGCGGUGCCGCCGUCAUACUGUCCGAUUCGGCAGCGCUGCCGCAGUGUCUGGAAAACUGUCUCCGGAGCUGCGCUCAGAAUAACCUCAGCGGGGUACCAGUCAUCGGGCUGACAUGGGGUGAGAUAUCGCCAGACUUGCUCACCCUACCACCGGUGGACGUCAUCUUGGGAUCUGAUGUUUUCUAUGAGCCCAAAGAUUUUGAAGAUAUUUUAGUAUCUGUUCGCUUCAUCAUGGAAAGAAACCCUAAGGCUGAAUUCUGGACAACGUAUCAAGUCAGAAGUGCCGACUGGUCGAUUGAGGAUCUGCUCCACAAAUGGGAUCUCAGCUGCCAAAACGUUUCCCUGAAGACGUUCGAUGCGGACCGAGAACGCCUGGCUGGGUCCAACCUUCCGGGGAGGCACAGUAUUCACAUGAUGGUCAUCACCUUGAAAAGAGACCCCUCAAAGUGACCAUGGAAGGACUUUUGUGGUCUCCAAACUGUGGACUUCAGC